AUGUAUCGCGAUGACGGCGUACGAGAAACUGAAGUGCUGCGAUGCCCAGUGCCAUCGAACCUGUCCGACCAUAUGCGUUCGUUCAAUUUCACCGGACAUGGCAACAAAAGGGGUAUUGAGCACGGUUUAAUCAUCUUCGCAUCGAAAUCUCGAGAACUCCAGAACCUAGUAUUCGCUGGAAAAGUAUAUUGGAAACUUGGCGCUGUAAAUAACGGCUGGAUGGAAAGAAGCACGCAAGUCUAUGAUGACAUCGAAUUCGCACUUAUGCGGUCCCUUAUUCGUGGAACUCCAGAAUUAUCGAAAGCAUUUGGCCAGUGA